AUGGGUGAUGAUUUGGAUGAUGAUGAUGUUGAUAAUGAUUUGGAUGACGAUGAUAAAAAUGAAGAUGACGAUCAUUUAGAUGAAGUUGAUGAUGAUGAUAAUGAUGAUGAUGCUGAUGUUGAUGAUGGUUUAGAUAAUAAUGAUGAAGUUGAUGAUAAUCAUCAUGAUGAUGAUAAUUUUGAUGAUGAUGUUGAUGUUGAUUUGGAUGAUGAUGAUGAUGUGGAUGAUGAUGAUGAUUUAGAUGAAGAUGAUGAUGAUAUGGAUGAUGAUGAUGUUAAUGAUAAUUUGGAUAAUAAUGAUGAUGACGAUUUGGAUGAUGAUGAUGAUGAUGAUGAUGAUGUGUAUGAUGAUGAUGAUGAUGAUGAUGAUGAUGAUGAUGAUGAUGAAGAUGAUGAUGAUGACGAUGAUGAAGAUGUGCAUGACGAUGACGUGGAUGAUGAUGAUUCGAAUGAUUAUGAUUAUUUGAAUGAUGACGAUGAUGAUGAAGAUGAUGAUGAUGUGGAUGUUGAUGAUGAUGAUGAUGAUGAUGAUGAUGACGGUGUUGAUUUGGAUGAUGAUGAUUCGGAUGACGAUGAUGUUGAUGAUAAUGUGGAUGAUGAUGAUGAUGAUUUGGAUGAUGAUGAUGUUGAUUAUAAUUUUGAAGAUAACAAUGAUGAUUUGAAUGAUGAUGAUGAAGGUAAUGAUGAUGUGGAUGAUGUUGAUGAUAAUUUGGAUGAUGAUGAUGAUUAUUUGAAUGAUGAAGAUGAUGAUGUGCAUGAAGAUGAUAUGGAUGAUGAUGAUUCGAAUGAUUAUGAUUAUUUGAAUGAUGACGAUGAUGAUGAAGAUGAUGUUGAUGUGGAUGAUAAUUUGAAUGAUGACGAUGAUAAUGAAGAUGAUGAUGAAGAUGAUGGUGAUGUGGAUGAUGAGGAUGAUGACGAAGAUGAGGAUGAUGUUGAUGAUAAUUUGAAUGAUGACGAUGAUGAUGAAGAUGAUGAUGAAGAUGAUGGUAAUGUGGAUGAUGAGGGUGAUGAUUUGAAUGAUGAUGAUGAUGAUGAUGUGGGCGAUGAUGAUGAAGAUAAUGAUGAUGAUUAUUUAGAUGAUGAAGAUAAAGAUGAUGAUGAUGUUUAUAAUGAUGAAGAUGAUUUGGAUGAUGAUGAUGGUGUGAAAGAUGAUGAUGUGAAUGAUGAUGAUGAAAUGAUUAUUUUUGAUGAUGAUAAUGUUGAUGAUAAAUUGAAUGAUAUUGAUGAAGAUGAUGAUGAAAAUGAUGAUGAUGAUUUAGAUGAUGAUGAAGUUAUUUUGGAUGAUGAUGAUGAUUUCAAUGAUAAUUAUGAUGAAGAUGAUGAUGAUGCUUUGGCUGAUGAUGAUGACGAUGAUGAUGAUUUUGAUGAUGAUGAUGUUGAUGAUGAUUUGGAUAAUGAUUAUCAUGCGUAUGAUUAUGAUUAUUUGGAUGAUGAUGAUGAUGAUUUGGAUGAUUAUGAUUAUUUGAAUGAUGAUAAUAUGGAUGAUGAUGAUUAUGAUGAUGUGGAUGAUGAUGUUUUGGAUGAUGAUGAACAAUAUGUUUUGGAUAACGUUGAUGACGAUUUGGAUGAUGAAGAUGAUGAUGAUGAUGUGGAUGAUGAUGAUGACUUGAAUAAUUAUGUUUAUUUGGAUGAUGAUGAUGAUGAUGAUUUGGAUAACAAUAAUGAAGUUGAUGAUCAUCAUCAUGAUGAUGAUGACAAUGAUGAUGAUGAUGAUUUAGAUGAAGAUGAUGAUGAUGUUGAUGAUGAUGAUGAUUAUGACGAUGAUGAUGUUGUUGAUGAUGCGGAUGAUGAUCAUGAUGAUGGUGAUGAUUAUGUUUAUUUGGAUGUUGAUGAUAAUUUGGAUGAUGAUGAUGAUGAUGAUGAUGAUGAUUUGGAUGAUGAAGAUGUUGAUGAUAAUUUGGAUAAUGAAGAUGAUGAUGAUGUUGAUGAUGAAGAUGAUGAUGAUGUUGAUGAUGUAGAUGAUGAUGAUGUGGAUGAUGAGGAUGAUGAUGUUGAUGAUGUAGAUGAUGAUGAUGUGGAUGAUGAUGAUGAUGAUUUGCAUGAUGAUGUGAAAGAUGAUGAUGUGGAUGAUGUUGAUGAAAUGAUAAUGAUAAAUGUUAUUGAAGGUGACGAUGAUGUCGAUGAUGAUCAUGAUGAUCAUGAUGAUGGUGAUGAUAAUGAAUAUUUAAAUGAUGAUGAUGAUAAAUUGGAUGAUGUUGAUGAAGAUGUUGUUGAAGAUGAUGAUGGUGAUUUGGAUGAUGAUGAUGUUGAUGUUAAUUUGGAUGAUGAUGAUGAUUUCGAUGACGAUUAUGAUGAAGAUGAUGAUGAUGAUUUGGAUGAUGAUGAUGACGAUGAUUAUGAUUUUGAUGACGAUGAUGUUGAUGAUGAUUUGGAUGAUCAUGAUCAUUCGGAUGACUAUGAUUAUUCGGAUGAUGAUGAUGAUGAUUUGGAUGAUUAA